UACAGUCGUCGCCCGUGCGAUAUGUCCGUCGCUAGAAAGUAACUGAUGAGGAUAAAAACCAGGAGACGACAGGCCUCCGUAAAAAAACCUGUCAAAGUUCGAAUCACCAACGAGUUUGAGUUAGUCAAAAAAUUGGAAAUUUGGUACACGCGAUGGACUCGAAAUGUUGGACGGCCUCUAAGUCCAUUGAACUUGAAGAAGAAAACCAUUAUGAUGUUGAAAAAGCUCAAAGUCUCGACAAACACCAUGUCUAUAAUCACGCUGGAUUGGGUGAAGAAGUUCAUGAAAAAUCGAGGUAAUUUAGAAGGAUACAACGAUGAUGAGGUAUACGCUGGAUUACUUAUUCCUUUUGACGUUUACGGUAUUCCUGAUACAUCAUUGAAUACCGCUGUCAACCCUGAUCGAAAAGUGUGGCUUCUAAUGGCGGGCAAUAAGAGUGGAAGACACAGAACUCGAGUGUUGGUUAUAGGUAAGAGAUGGAGACCUCCUUGUAUGGAGACAGUGAAUAUGUUAGGACAACCUGUUAUAUACGCAGGGGGAGGAGACGGAUUUCCUACACAAGAUUUAUUCAAAUGGUGGUUCGAGACCGAAUUUUGCCCAGUCGCGUUAUCUAUUAACUCAAAAGCUGUGUUGGUGAUGGAUAAAACACCUUUUAUCCCAGAAAAAUGUGAAUAUAACGGAGUUUCAUUGCAACAACAUGAUGGAGAUUCAAUUUCUAAGUCAUCGUUGUUUAUUGAAUUUAAAGCUAUUUACACUGCUUUACUACUUACUCAAGCUUCAUUACAUCAACAACCUGAUAGAUCGAUUCAACACUUUUUCGGAAAAUACACUUUAAAAGAUGCUUUCAUUUUAUUACAUAGAGCUUGGUUACAAGUCACAACAGAAUCUUUUUCGACUUGUUGGAAAAAUUGUACAUAUACUUCAGCAUUAAAGUGUAUUAUUUUAAGUGCACAAUGGUUAGCGCAUGAUCUUGGUUUGGAAGUAUCUGAUGACGAUAUGCUAAUUUGGAUUUUAUCCAACCCCGAGGAAGUAACUGAACCGGAAAAUUUGUCGACAGAUUCCGAGGACAUUGAAAUUCCACCUUCCGCUACUCAAACGGUGGAUUAUCUUAAAAAGGCGUUAUUAUGGGUUGAAACCCAACCGCUUGAACCGUCGUUUGUUAUUGCGAUAAGGGACUUGAUAACUUAUGCUAAACAGGCAAGCAAGAUUGGUUUAGGACCAACCCAUCCGUUCUUUUGCCACAACGGCGAGCAGCUGGGUACCCAACCACCACCCGCCCAUAUGGGCAUACCUCCUUACCAACUUGACAAAGCACCCGGACUUCCAAGGCCCUCAAUGUACCCAUUUCCCACAGGCCAAUACCCGUACCCGUUAUUAAGUCCGGACAUGUCACAAGUUGCAGCUUCAUGGCACACACCAGCCAGUAUGUACCAUCAGAUCUCAUCGGCUGGAACUGGUUUCAGAGGAUCCUACCCACCUUCUUUAGGCCCAAGUCUUACUAGUGAACUGUAUAGGUUUUCGCCAUCGGGUUUGAUGAGUGGUCCAUCACCUCAUCAUCAUUUAUCCCAUCACACUCACCAUUCUCAUCCAGCGAUUGUAACUCCAGGAGUGAGACAAGAUUUACAUACGGAUUCUAAUCACAGGCCACAAAACGACCAUGGUAAAAAUUCAUCGUGCUCGGAUGGUUCAAAGCACCAAGACGCUGUCCAAAACAGUAAUAACCAAGAUAAAAAGAAGCCUCACAUAAAGAAACCUCUGAAUGCAUUUAUGUUGUACAUGAAAGAAAUGAGGGCAAAGGUGGUGGCAGAGUGUACGCUUAAAGAAAGUGCAGCCAUCAACCAGAUAUUAGGGCGACGGUGGCACGCGUUAGGUCGCGAAGAACAGGCCAAGUACUAUGAGCUGGCGCGUCGUGAAAGACAGAUACACAUGCAGCUCUAUCCGGACUGGUCGUCGCGCACUAAUGCGACACGGGCCAAGAAGAGGAAGCGCAAACAAGAAACCCAUGACGGAGGUAAUAACAGCAUGAAAAAGUGCCGUGCGAGAUACGGUCUUGACCAGCAGAGCCAAUGGUGUAAACCCUGCAGGCGUAAAAAACGUUGCAUACGGUACAUCGAGAGCGGCGGUGACUCGGGCAACCAGUCGGACGACAACCAGUCCAACGGCAGCCUGGGCCACUCGGACAACGAAGAGGCCGACUCGGUGUCCAGCCCCGGCGGCCUGAGCGCGCUGUCCAGCCUGACCAGCCCCGGCAUGCUGACGCAAGCCAGCCUGUCGCCGGCCACACCUCUCACCCCACACGUGUCCGAGUACGAGUGCCCGAUGGCCGUGCGCAUGCCACUGGCCGUGGUGGUGCCCACCAGGCACCACCAGCCGGUCGGCACCAACCCACACGACAUCAACAACCCGCUCAGCGUCAACCAGCUCACGGGCGGCGUCAACAACAAGUGCCAUGCCAAGGAACAAAGCGAUCUGAAAACUGGUGUUGUCGUCCAACAACAGCAGCAAUCCGAACAACACCCCAACAACCGGGCCCUGCCCGCCAUUAGCGUAACGUAGCGUAAACAACGCGAAGCAAUAGUACAUUGACACUCGCUCAAUUUAUCGUACAUUUUAACCCCCUAUCUCCCCCCCCCCUUACCUUCGGCUCUAUGUUACUCUCAUACUUGUGUUCUCAUCAUCUCUGCCCGUCUACCUGGCUGUUUCUCUCUCCCUUUCUCUUUUUCACUGCUGCAUUGGGACGAAUCGAUAUACUCGUAAGUAUAUGCGAAUAUUAUAUAUUAUAUGAUACGUGAACGAAAUAAAAAAUGAAAAUAUUCAACAGUACUUUUUGCAAUACGAUAGCAAAUCGUGUCAUGAACGUACAAAUGAGUGUAGCUCUGUCCGUUCAUUUGUUCGUACAUAAUGUAUUCAUGUGUAAACGCGCGCCCGAAAAUAUAACGAUAAAUAAUGACCACGGAAAAUCAAUUGACGCAUACAUUGAUUGAAUAUUUUUGAUUGAAACUCUUCCUUCUUAUAAAAAAAAAAAAAAUACGUUAUUAUUUUUUUGCCAUUUU